GCCGGAAGUGACCCCUUCGAGGAGCGGAGCCGGGGCGGGCGCACAAGAUGGCGGCGGCCGAGCGCAGCCGCCGGUAACGGGGAGUCGGGGGGCCCGAAGGCUCCGUCUCCGCUCCCCCCCCCGGGUCCGGAGCCGGACCGGGUGGUGCCGGGGGGGGCGAAGCUGGCGGAGUUGGGCCGGGGGGGCGGCGGGGCGGCGGCGAUGCGGAGUCAGUGCGUGUUGGGCCUGCGCUCGUUCGCCGCCUUCGCCGCCCGCCUGUGGAGCUUCGUGCUGUACGUGCUGAGGAGGCAGGUCCGCACCGUGAUUCAGUACCAGACGGUGCGAUACGACGUCCUGCCGCUGUCCCCCGCCUCCCGAAACCGCCUCAGUGAGUCGGGGAGGGGGGUCUUAUUUGGGGGAGGGGCUGAAUUUGGGGAGGGGGACCUGAAAUGCGGGGGAGGGGAUCAAGUGAGCCAAUGGUACGAGCUGGUGGUGUUCACAGCCAGCAUGGAGAUCUACGGCUGCGCGGUGGCCGACAAGCUGGACAACAACCGCAGCAUCCUCAACAGGCGCUACUACAGACAGCACUGCACGUUGGAGCUGGGCAGUUACAUUAAGGACCUGUCGGUGGUUCACGGGGACCUUUCCAGCAUCGUCAUCCUCGACAACUCGCCCGGCGCCUACCGCAGCCAUCCGGAUAACGCCAUCCCCAUCAAGUCGUGGUUCAGCGACCCCAGCGACACGGCGCUGCUCAACCUGCUGCCCAUGCUGGAUGCACUCAGGUGGGGAGGGGCUGAAAGCAAACUGGGGGUGAGAGAAAUA